AUAAUCAUAACGUUUUGCCUAUACGCAGAACGAAUGCAGACAAUGCACGAGAAAAGUGUGGAGAAUGGGAACGCGAGUGCAAGAAAGCAGCCACAGUUUCUUUUGAGGAGAACGCCGGUGUAGGUGCAUACGUCUCUGUUCUGAUUUUAUGUGUGCAUUAAUAUGGUGAUUUAUAUUUUGUUCGUGAUCUACUGUGUCGUCAGCGCAGCACAAAGCGCGAAAAGUACAACUCAACUCAUCGAAAAUUCAAUAGUCAGAGAUGGAUGGCAAUUUUUCGCACGUCACUUACAUUUUGUGAUGUUGAAGAGGACCUACCAUGUCACUGGGGGGCUCAACAACUCCAUGUGUGUCAUGAUUCCGUUUUCGCCCAAGAUAGAUACGAUGCAACAUGCCCUGAAUGCGACGUUCACUUAUCUCAACUUGAGCUCCACGUAUAAGCUGCAUCCUGAGAAUACUGGGGACAAUACUUCUUACUGGCCGGUUGCAAGAUUUAAGAUGCAAUUUUAUGGGCGUCAUCUCAAAGGAGGGGCCAACUUCCGAAAGAGUGGUCUUGACUUUGUGAACCCAACGACUCUGACACGUGAUUUCGGAUAUGCUCUCUCGCCACCGUUUUGGCGUAUUAUGUACUGCAACAGCCGCUGUGCCGUUGUUGACGUCCGCCAGUUGACGUUUGCCAUGGCUUCUGCAAAUCAGAAGGGCCUCCUGCGCAAGCGACAAUGUGAACUGUGGGUCAGCGUAAGUGAAGAGGAGGAACUGACCACGCCGGAACAUUACAACCAAAGGAAACAAGUCAUUUGCGAAGAAUUCUUCAAAAGAUGGUGCGACACAACAAAUCUGCAAUAUAUAUACAAUCCGAAGACCUGCGCCCGACAGAUUUAAGUAUCCGAUUGAUAGCAUAGUUUUUUUAAAAGAGCCAAUCGCAAGUCUGUUCACUUGAAAUAGAGGCACAUAUCGCAAAAAAUGAACAUAAAAUAAACAGGGCCUUCGAGCGAAUUCGUCUUGCCUCACGUGGAUAUUCAAAAUAAAGGCUUUGUGAUUUACA